AUGAGCGCUGGACGGGAGUCUGAAGGUCCCGGUUCCGUCUCCUGGUGGGGCUUCAGUCCUGCGCGCGACCUGCUCAGUCUGGGCCCUGUGAGAAAUGAAGGAGAUGCCAACAUCUUACUGGUGUGGGUGAUAGAGAACAGCAUGGAGGUGGUGGCGAGACAACUGCUGCUCCUCUAUCUGGCACUGAUACCCCAGGAAAGCAUGGGAAUUAAUGAGAAAACGGAGGUUUUUCUGGAGGUGUUUGGAAACAGUGAAAUCCGCAGUCAGACAGACGAGACGCUGCGACGUGCAGCGUCACAGCUCUCUCUUUCUGUGACUGAAACACUGGAGGUGGCCUCACAUGCGUGCCUGAAUACAACUCUUCUCAAGUUUAAGGAGCGAGAUGAACUAGCCAGGAUAUUCAAGUCAUGGAUCCAGCCUCGUCCUUCAUCAUCAUCAUCAUCCGACCCUCCUGCUCCUAUCUUGAUGCCCAAAGUCUGGGAUUAUCGGGUCAGGCAGCAUCUUGGAACUCGCUAUGACUCCAAGACGGGCUGUUUUGACUGGGACCUUACAAUGAAGCUCCAUCAGAAAGGGUGUGGCGUCAUCAACAAACACCAAUACGUGCAAUGGAGGGAAAAGGGAUUGGCUUUUGAAAUGAGGGAAGGUGUCUAUCAAAUAGCAAAUACAAGUUUGCUCUCUUCAAGAGUGUUCAGUCGUAAAGGGGAAAAAGUGUCUUUCAGGGGCUACUGGGGAGACAUUGUUUCCAGUCCUUACCUCUCCUUUGGCAUUGAAACUGAUGACAAGAGCCUGUUGAAGACACAGAACGGGCAACACAUCAAGACAGCCCAGGAUAUCUCCAUUGCAAAUGUGCAGGGAUUGUUUCAGUCCCUGUCCAGCAGACGGGGCUGCCCCACUACUUCUCCGUCGGACUCAGAGGAGCCAUCCACACAGAUUGACCAGAAAUCUGUCAUCAUUCACGACUUGAUGCAUCUGAAUGGAAUCUCUGUGACGUUCCUGCCUUUGGACUCGCUUCACAAGCUGCCAGAAAAGCAGAAAUACUCCCACUACUUCAACACCAUUUAUGUUUCUGCCAGCUGCGCGCACCAGUUGGGCCCGAUGAUGAGACAGAUUGCAGCACCAGACGCCGUGCUCGUCGUGGAGUUGGCCAAGUACAUUUUGGAUUUAAACAAAGAGCAAGAAGCAGGCUUCGGGAGGAGAGUGGCGAGCAUCGCUCUGGAGGCUGGAUUUGAACCGUGGCAUGAGGGGAACAGUGAUGACGUCCAUUCUGUUUUCAUACAACAGAAGAAGUAAAGGUGGCUAAUUUUUGUCA